AUUGACUUUAUGUUGUGUGGUCAUCUUGAUUUUUCUUAUAUGUACGAUAUGAAAUUAUUCGACUCUGGAUUCCGUCAUUUUCGCAUCAUAUUUCUUGAUUGCGUCAAGUCUGUACAUCGUUACUCUGUAGUAGACUUCUCUUCAUGACCUUCAUAAACUGUUAACACUGUCGAGUAUUACUGUACUCUAGUAAGAUUAAACAUUAACAAAUUACUAUCCACAUAUUUACUAGCUGAGAGAGCAAGGAAGAGCCAUGGCAGACAACACCACCAAACCACCGGCAUUAAAGAGAAUCCCUGCUGUACAAAAACCUACUGUCGACCAACUAAAAACCUUGUCAGAGAAACUUGGAUUACAGACAACUGACGAUGAACUCAAAGAAUACUCUGAUGUGAUGGAAACGUAUUGUGAGGUGUAUCAAAGUGUCAAUGACCUACCAACCCCACAUCUUCCAACUAAAUACCCACGUACGUAUGGCAGGGCACCAACGAAAGAAGAGAACCUAUACAAUGCAUGGUGUUGGAAGGUAGAGAUAAAGGGUGCGCCAGAAGGCAUUCUUAAAGGUAAAACCGUGGCUAUCAAAGAUGAAAUCUGCAUAUCCGGGGUUCCAAUGAGAAGUGGCUCACAGAUGAUCGAUCAUUUUGUGCCUCCUGAGGAUACCACAUGUGUAACUAGGGUUUUAGACGCAGGCGGUCGCAUCAUUGGAAAGACAACGCAGGAAGAAUAUGGUUUAAGUGCUUCCAGUUUCACAUCAGCUAGAGGUCCAGUUUCCAAUCCCUAUGACCCAACAAGAAGCGCAGGUGGAUCAUCUACCGGCAAUGCUGUACUGUUGGCAAAGAAAGAAGUUGAUAUCGCCUUGGGUAUGGACGCAGGGGGUUCAGUUCGUAUUCCCGCGUCACUGUGUGGAGUAGUGUCCAUCAAACCAUCUUACGGCCUGGUUCCCAAUACAGGGCAUCACAAUGGAUGUGAUAAUUCUAUUUGCUACACGGGUCCCAUGACACAGACCGUUCGGGAUUGUGCCAUUGCGCUACAGGCGAUUGCGGGAUAUGAUGGCGGACUAGAUCCCACUCAAUCACCUUCUCUUCAAGUGCCGGACUAUGUCUCUAUGCUUGGUACAGAUUUGCAAGAUUUUAAGAUUGGUAUUCUGAAGGAGGGGUUCGUUGGCAGAGAUCAAGAUGUGGAUGAUCUUGUCCGUGAAGCAGCGAUGAAACUUAAAACAGUUGGUGCGAUUGUAGAAGAUGUUUCUAUACCAAUGCACGAGGAAGGUGAAAAUAUCUGGCUUCCAAUGAUGUUUGAGUGUGAUGAUAACCUAGGACACAGGGGGUACUACGCAAUAGAAAACAGAGAGACUGUACUGGACGGUUUCCACUCUCGAUCCAAUACACUUGACACAUUCGCCAAAGUCAUGAUCCUUUGGGCAAACUACCAGAAAACAUACUACAGAAUGAAAUACUACAUGAAGUCGAAGAACUGGCAGAUCGAGCUGCAACAUGCUUACGACAAAGUACUAGAGAAGUAUGAUGUUUUGGUUAUGCCAACUAUGCAUUACAGACCACCAAAGCUACCUACAGUCGAGUCCUCCGUUGCCGAGGUGUGCGAACUUGGUAUGAUGUGGGGAAAUAACUGUUGUGCCUUCAAUGUAACAGGUCACCCAGCACUAACCAUCAAUGUAGGCUUCACCGACGGACUCCCUUGUGGUAUGCAGAUUGUGGCAAAGAUCAACGAUGAUGCAGCUUGCCUACGAGUUGGACACAUUGUUGAGAAGAUUCGUGACCAAACCAUGGAACGGCAUUAACCGAUCCAGGGUUCAAUAAUGGACUUUUGAUAAAGGGACCUUUGUUUGACAAA